AUGGAAAUACAUUCCUUCUGCGACGGAUCGUUAUCUGCUUACGCAGCUGCCGUAUAUCUGCGCAUACAAUACCAACAUGGUGAGAUCCACACCCAUCUGAUCACGUCUAAAGCCAAGGUAACACCACAGAAUCUAAUAACGAUUCCACGAGUAGAGUUAUGUGGUGCAGUAUUAGCUACAACCGUUGCCAAAUGGGCGCAACAACACUUACAACAACGCUGUGGUGAGAUUCCGAUAUAUUAUUGGACCGAUGCAACGAUCGUCCUACACUGGAUUGCCGGUGAUAUACAUCGAUGGAAACUCUACGUGGCGAAUCGCGUAGCUAAAAUUUUGUCAGUUAGCUUGCCCAGUCAAUGGAGUCAUGUCAAAACUCAGGAUAAUCCGGCCGACUGCGCGACUAGAGGUUUAACUCCGACUCAACUUCAACAAUUCGAUCUUUGGUGGAUCGGUCCUGCGUGGCUUCGGCAAGAUAAAUCGACCUGGCCUAUUUCUUCUAGUAGCCCAGACGAUAUCGACAGCACAGCUACCGAAGAAAAACCAGCUAAAGUAUUAGCGCUUUCGAUAAUUACCGAACCUUCGUUUCUACUACGAUAUUCUUCCUACAUCAAACUCGUACGUAUAACAGCUAGGCUGCUACGAUUCUUUUAUAAUCUUCGCAAAACUCGCAAGGAAGACCGUCAUAGUGGACCGCUCACCACUAACGAACUUCAGCAAAGUCUCUUUCGAAUUGUUCACAUGGUACAGUGUGAAACAUUUGGCUCGGAAAUUCGAUGUAUUAAAUCUAAAAUCAACAUACCCACAACAAGCAAACUAGUCAGUUUGACACCUUUCCUAGAUGGAAACGAAGUUCUUCGCAUACGCGGUCGCUUACAUCAUGCGAAUCUGCCAUAUGAUCAAAAGCACCCCAUGAUUUUGCCGAGCAAUCACCACUUUACGAAACUUCUAAUCGACUUUGCUCACCAAAUUACAUUACACG